AUGGAAGCUCUACCACAGAUUCUUCAGUCGAAGAUAAUAAACCCCUUGCAGCCUCUACUUCGACAGAUCACCACGUCAUUACCAACUCCUGCGAACGACGCGCUCAUCUCCCUCCUUGGUGUCAACUGCUUCACAUCCCUCGUCCUCAGUUUGGAUAUAACGAAAGAUCCAGAAUGCCUUCCGCUCGCAAUUUCUAAGGCUCUUGGGAUUGCGAUCGUCUUAUUCAGCGCCAUCGUCAAGGUCCCGCAGAUUCUGAAGCUCAUCUCCUCGCGGUCAGCAGCUGGAGUCUCGUUUACAUCGUACGCCCUCGAGACAGCCAGCUUCCUUAUUACUCUUGCCUAUAAUGCGCGCCAGGGAUUCCCAUUCAGCACUUAUGGCGAGGUUGCCUUGAUUGCCGUGCAGGACAUUGUGGUUAGCGUGCUGGUGUUGGUGUUUUCUGGCCAAACGGCUUCAGCGGGAGCUUUCCUUGCCGCUGUUGUUGGUAUUGUCUAUGCAUUGCUAUUCAGCGGCGAGACCAUAGUUGAUCAGGCUACCAUGGGCUAUCUCCAAGCUGGAGCCGGUCUCUUGGGAAUCGCCAGUAAACUUCCUCAGAUCUGGACCAUCCGGAGCCAGGGAGGCAUUGGGCAGCUCAGCUCUUUUGCAGUUUUCAACUAUCUCGUUGGGUCCCUUUCUCGCAUUUUCACUACCCUUCAGGAAGUUGACGAUAAGCUCAUCUUGUAUGGCUUCGUGGCAGGAUUCAUCCUUAACGCGAUACUUGCCGCACAAGUAAUGUACUACUGGAAUGCCCCAUCCACCAUCUCUGAGAAGCGUUCAGGCCGCGUGUCGGAGCAACCGAAGCCCAUAGCAGUCUCUAGCGGGGUCUCCCAAAGCCCUUCUGUCAAAGGCCCAUCAACAAGGCGAAGGGGUUAG